CCCGUUUUUAAACCUGGCGCCGAGCGCCCUGGUAGGUGAGCGCCCUCGCCCGAGCGGUUAGAGGCGCGGCCGAGUCGCUGGCGCCGCCGGAGGGGCGCUGGCUGUGCGGGCACCAUGAGACCCGAGGCGGCGGCCGGAGCCCGGGAGGCGCGGGGGCGCGUCUGUCACUGCCCCGCCGACGGUCCCCGGAGGCCACCGCCGCCGCGCGGGCCGGAGAGCCCCACGCCAUGGAGACCUUGGAUCCUGACACCCCAAGAAACUGAGCUGCCCGCAACUGGAAACCCGCUUGAACCUGGUGAUGACCGGCAAACUCCAGGAUCAAAGGGUGCCUUUGGGUUUCAGCAUCCUGUAAGACUUUAUUUACCCAUUUCAAAGCGCCAAGAGUAUCUGCAGAGUUCUGGGGAAAAAGUGCUGGCCAGCUUCCCGGUGCAAGCCACAAUCCACUUCUACAACGAUGAAUCCGAUUCAGACGAUGAAGAACAAGAAGAAGAAACCCAGUCUUCCGAGCUUCAGUGCCAGGAGACAGAAGGUCAGGCGGAGAAUGGCCCAGGAGGGAAGGGCAAGGGCCAGCUCACCAACCUGGGACGGAGGUCUGUAGGACACGGCGGCCUCAGUGGGCACUCAUGCACACCGUUGAGAAGGGAUUCCAGGACCAGGAGAAGGUUUGUGUUGACAUGGGUUGUUACUAGUUGGGACCAACUUUCAAAGCACCAUUUACCAUUGUCACUGUGCCAUCAAGUGACAGAUUAUUCCAGUAUAGGUUACGACCCCACCUGUGCCUCUCACGUAACCUCGGACUCUUUAUUCAGCGAUUUCUACUUUUGUAAAAAUGGUGGAGCUAUUGUCCCAGGGUUGACGUAUUUGCUUACUGGCAUUCCCAAAAUAUUUAUGAAAAAUAAAUAAAACUGAACAAUUUUCAUAAGAGUAACAGAAAUUUUAAAUGUGGAUUUUUAGGGGACAAUUCUGGAUAAAAAUUUGUGAUUCUUGUCUAAGGGCUGAGUGUAUGAAUAAAUGGAGAGAAGAACUUUAACUCUUAGUUGGGGACUGGUUUGGGCUUAUUACUUGAAUAGAAUAACACUGUUUUCAAUCAAAUUAUCUAAUAUAAAAUUAUUUCCAUUUUUUUAAUAUUUUGAUGAUUAAAUGAGUGCACUCCACAA